GUAUUUCAAUUUUUUCAUUUAAGUAGUUCUCGCCACACUAACCAGAUGGCGCCACCGUUACACCAUUGUCCGUGUUAUCAGGGUUGCGUCCCCGUGGCGCUCAACCCCCACGUUGUUAACCGUUAAAUAAAUGAGUUACGACCCAGCCACCGUCGUCGUCGGACGUCUCUCUCUCUCCGUCCGGGGCUCCCGCGCCCGGCCCCGCCGGCGCCCGCCGUUCACCUCUUCGGCAUGUAAGACCCCUCGUUUACGCAGGCCCACGCAGGCCCUGCUCUUCUUUAUUUUCACGGGUGACCGAUUUUAUUCACUACAUUUUUGGCGACGAGGAUGGGAUAAUUUUUUUUUUCCGCAUUUCGAACCCCCGCCGUACUCCGCGUCUAGACGGGACGUGAAUUUUUUUUAACAAGGAACGGCGCCUUUUUCCGCCUUUUUCAAGAUGGCGGCUGCGCAGGGUCGCGUUCCCGCCGAAUUUCUCCCCACGCCCGGCGAACCGUCAAUGCCGUGGCAAACUUGGAAGCGCGGCUUCCUCAACUACCUCGAGGCGAUCGACGCCGAGGAUUUUCCGCCGAAACGCAAGAGGGCGAUUUUAUUUUCAUUUCUCGGCGAUGAAGGCAAUCGCGUCGUAGAAGCGUUCAACCUAGCGAGUCCAGCCGUCAACGCGGCACAAGAUGAGUUUCAGAGGUUGUUGUCCGCUUUGGACACCCACUUCGCUUCCGCUCAAAACGUCGUAGUUGAGCGUAGAAAGUUCGCCAUGAGGUUCCAGGGUCCAGAAGAGACCGUCCUCGAGUAUCUUGGGGCGCUUAGACGCCUAGCAUCGUUUUGCGACUACGGAGAGUCGUUGGAGAGCCGCGUCGCAGAAAUGUUUAUUUCGGGAAUCCGUAACGCGGAAGUCCAAGAUCGUUUAAUCAGAGAGUCCGACGGAACUAAGGCACCUAGCCUCGAACGUGCUGUCCAGUUAGCGCAGCAGUUCGAGCGGGCUUCUCGUGAUUGCGAUCACUUCCGACGCUUGUCGUUAGACGCAAGUCCGAACACGCCGCACGUGGUCGAUCGGAUCCAAGAUGGACGCGGUCGCGACCGGAAUGGUCAACAUGGCGGGCAGUCACCCCGCCACCGCGGGUCUUCUUCCCCGCGGCGUGAGCGUCUUCCUCCUUCCCCUUCCCCGUCAACACGCGAGCCAUCUCGCUCCUGUCGUCCGAGGCGCGAGCCUCCCCCUCCUUCGUCGGGACGCGAGCUACGCGAGCGGCCCUUUCCUCCUUUCCCGCCGCGUCGAGAGCGCGACCGCCGGCAAUCGCGAGCUCCCUCCCGACCGUUCUUCCGUGCGCGCCCACGUGAUCCUCCCCCCGGGGCGCGUCGUGUCGUUCGCGACGACGGUUGUUUUUUCUGUGGCAGACGAAGCCACCCCCGAGAUGAGUGCCCAGCAUCGGGAGCCACAUGUUUCUCGUGUGGCCGUGAGGGACAUUUUGCAAAUGUGUGUCGAAGCCGUCCGAGGCACGACCGGGAUCAUCGACAACUGGCCCUUCCUGCUGGCCGGCGGGUCUCUGCCCGCGGCUACUACGAGCAUCGGCAAGCAAGGCCUGGUCCCACAAGGACUCCCAUUCAAGGCAUCACCUUCCCGGACUACGAGCUCCCAGCAACAAUCUACACCGUCGCGCCGCCCGAUGAUUUUCCGGAGCGGUGCCGUUUCUGUGGUGGCCCCUGCCACCCGAGGAAGUUUUGUCCGGCCGCACACCGUCGCUGCUUCUCCUGCCAGAAGCAAGGUCAUCUAGACCGUGUCUGCGAGAGUCGACCCCGGUGGCCACGACUCGACCGUGGGGGGCCUAGCAACCCUCCCACCGUGUUCGCGUCCGCCCACCGGAGGCAUCCGGCUCCCCCAGAGCCGCCUGUUCCUGUCCUUGGUCCGGCUAGCCCGGACACCACCAAUCCAGAUCCUGCGGGUCAACGUCCUGACCCUGGCCUGAGUCCUGAGGCCCCCCCUUCCCCUCCUGAGGGUCCUGUUCCAGCUGGGAGUCCCCUUCCCGAGGGUCCUGCUGAGGUGCAACCAGUGCCAGUGCAACCACCUGUGAGUGGGUGUUCGGUACCCAUCACAACGCAGCCCAAGCCGUUCCCCAGACCGGAGCCACCAGAGCCCCAGGGUCCAGACGCCUCCGCGCAAGAGUGUCGUCGGCGGCUGCCAGACGUCCUGAAGGACUAUUUUAUUAACUCUUUUGGACUGGGUUCAAGAUAUUUGUGAACAUUCAGUCAAUUUUUUUUUUUCUUAUCCAGCUUACUGCUCCAGCGCAGCCUUUUCCAGUGUGUGCUUUCCGCAAAUCUUUUGCGACGUGCUUUUCCUUUUCAUUAAUUUCACAUUUUCCAGUGUCUUGACAUGGAAAUGUCUUUAAUUUCAGUACAUUUCCAUACUUCCCAACUGCCCUGCAGUUUGGCGUCAGUUUUCGGAAAAAAAAAGAGUCUAUUCAAUUUUCUUUCCUAAGAGAGGGAAGGAUAGGUAGUUAUUUUUUUUAAGGAAAGGAAAGUGUAGUAUUUCAAUUUUUUCAUUUAAGUAGUUCUCGCCACACUAACCAGAUGGCGCCACCGUUACACCAUUGUCCGUGUUAUCAGGGUUGCGUCCCCGUGGCGCUCAACCCCCACGUUGUUAACCGUUAAAUAAAUGAGUUACGACCCAGCCACCGUCGUCGUCGGACGUCUCUCUCUCUCCGUCCGGGGCUCCCGCGCCCGGCCCCGCCGGCGCCCGCCGUUCACCUCUUCGGCAUGUAAGACCCCUCGUUUACGCAGGCCCACGCAGGCCCUGCUCUUCUUUAUUUUCACGGGUGACCGAUUUUAUUCACUACACCAUGCAAAUCCGAUUCCGACUUUGUGU